AUGGCCAUUGCUGAUAUACUUAACCGCCGGGUGCGGGCGCGUCCAGACGAGGACGAUGAAGCCUUUUCCGAGCAAUCUAGUGGUGGUGAAGAAGUACCACAGGAUGAGGAUGAGGAAGGUGACGACUCCAAUAUCGAAGAUCUGGACUCGGAUAACUCUCAAAAUGAGUCGGACGACAACACAGACAAUUCAGCCUCCGCUUCCGGCUCCGAAGCAGACGACAGCGACAACAGCUCCGAUCAGACCCUCUCAGCCUCGGACUCAGACCCCAAUGAAGAUAUCAAAGAAUCUCUCAGCAAUAUUUCAUUUGGCGCUCUCGCCAAAGCCCAAGCAUCCAUGGGUCCUAAAAAGCGCAAAGACAAGACCUCAACCUCCCUCGAAUCAGAAGACACCUCAACAGCCUCCCCCUCGACGACAUUCGCGCAAAGAUUCGAGCUGCUCGCGAACAAAAGCGCGAGGCUGCCGCCAAAGCGCUUGGAACCUCCACAUCUGGCAACGGAAGUAGCAAAAGCCCGAUCUUCCAAACACGCACCCAUGGUGCAGUCGUCCAAAUACGCCGUCUCCCGCAAACGUGUCAUUGUUGAACCAUCUGCCACCCCCAAAGCGCGCGAUCCCCGCUUCGAUGCGGCUGUCAUGGGCCACAGCGGAAAGGGUACGAAUACGCAAGCCUCUGAGAAGGCCUACUCCUUCUUGGAGGAUUACCGCGCCUCUGAGCUCCGUGAUUUGAAGCGACAGAUGGCCCAGACCAAGAACCCGGAAGCGAAGGAAGCGCUGAAGCGACAGAUUCGCUCGGCGACAGACCAGCAAAAGGCGCGGGAGAACAAGAAGCGCGAGGAGGCUGUGAUUGCAGAGCACAAGAAGAAGGAGAAAGAAGCGAUUCGGGAUGGAAAGAAGAGUACACCAUACUUCUUGAAAAAGUCUGAUUUGAAGAAGCAGGUCAUGCAGAAGAAGUACGAGGAAAUGGGAUCACGAGACCGAGCCAAGGCUUUGGAACGACGGAGAAAGAAGUUGGCAUCGAAGGAGAGGAAGGAGAUGCCGAUGGAGAGACGUGGGUUCGAAGGUAUGGACGGUGGACCGCCUUCUCGUGGCGGGGGUGGUGGAGGCGGAAAGAGAAGAAGGUUGGAGUAG